AUGGUGAAACCAGGUUCUAUAGUUCUCAAAGGCGACGUAGUUUGGGCCCCAUAUCGUAGAGAGCCCUUAUGGCCUGCUUUGGUUCGAAACAGCUAUCCCAAAAAAGUUACUUAUGUGUUCUUUCCCUUGCCUUCUUCGGAAGUUUCAGAAGCAUUGAAGAAGGCUCCGACAUUCAGCUGUUUGCCAAAGCAUGUACGUGCACUGACAAUAGACGAUGUCCUACCUUCAACUUCAAAAAAUGAUCUCAAGAAUGCGUUCAGACUAGCCAAACAAUAUCUCAAAAGCAAAGACUUGACGAGGGGUUCCGCUGCUCCACUUUACUUUCCCAAAUCCACUCCCAAAAAGUCCAAGCCCAAAGAUAGCAAAGUUUCUGCUGAAUCAAAAGAGCUGGCUCUGGAGGAAUCUACAAGUUUGGAAACAAUCAGAAAGAGUUUACUCCAAGAGGAGCUUUCGGAAGUGGACGUGAAUUUGCAGACUACCCUGGCGCAGGAAGAUACUGAAAUAAAGACACUUCAAACUAAACACGAAGAGAAAACAGAAUCGAAAAAGAAAGAAGAAAUUGCUGACAAGCCUUCAUCGAAAGAAGUUGCUGUCGAAGCGCCUUCCUCAAAAGCUCCCGUUAAACGAAAAGCCCCUGCCACAACAGACUGCUUAAAUCUGGCUAAACGUCAGCCUGUAAGCAAAUCUCCUCCAAGGCCUUCAGCUUUUGCCGCAGAUUCAACCACACAUUCUGACACCUCGCCAUCACCGGAUCUCUUAGCUCCUACUAUAUUCCGGGAAGCGGUAUCUAUUCUCGAGCGGGUUUGGACGACUAGUCUAGUACAGAGCUAUGUAACUCCUCCGCGAUCAAGCUUGCGAUUUGAAAUGCACAACGGAGGUCUACUUUCGGACCAUGAGACUGAUAGCUUAUUUGACUUGAUUUUCACUUGGGUGCGAGAUCGUGAACAUGAUGCGUACUUUUUGCCCGGUGUGCAUCUGGUCUUCGAAGUGCUCAUGCCCGAAGUCAUAAUCCAAUCACUUGUCAUGUCGCGUGGAAUCUCUCGAGAUGUUGCUGAAAGAAUGGUACGCGUAACGCACUCAGAAAGUAUCACAAGCAGCAGCAGCAGUACCUCCGAAGUCAAUUGUAACCAUUCGCCCAGUACCAUCCUCAACAAUAGUUUUCCUAAAUGUGGUGGAAGUCUGGAUGAGCUAGCAAGAAUUGCAUGUAAAGAACGGGAAUCGAUUACCGAGUGAAACACUACUGAAGCUGGAUCAGUCUCAGUACAGUGGUCUGUCACAUAUUAGUAAUAUUUGUCUAUGAAUCUUGUGCUACAAUGACAAGUGAUGUUGCUUGUCUACUUACUGUUACCAAAUUCUGUUCUACAGGGUCGGGGGAAAGUCUUUGAAUACGGUAUUCUUAACAUAAUAAUGAAG